CGAUGACGCCUGUAUUUCCGUUGACAUGGUGCCGGAAAUGAAUACUGGUAGAGAAGACGACGUGUUGAUAUUACCAAACAUAGCCCUUCUGAGUUUUGCCAGUGUUAUGGCAGAGGCAUCUUUGAUUACCAGGAUGGGUGUCAAUCUACUUAUUCGCCAAACGAAAUCCAAACCAUUUAUCAGACAAACGGCUAAGGAGUUCAUGUUCGGUUAUGAGAGUGCAUUAGUGACUAUAGGCAACAAGUUUUUGCCGUCAUGGAUCGCGUUUGACAAGCUGGGCCUUAUAGACAGAAUGUAUGACUUUACCGGUGACAGCGCAACGAUAUACACUGGUGCAAGUGACGUGUCCAAGUCCGGAACCAUAGAAAACUACAACAGAAGACCGUAUUUGCCUCAAUGGCCAUCGUCGCCUUGCAACAAAGUGACAGGUGCUUCAGACGGUACCAAGUUUCCAUCAGAGUCAGACAAUGGCACAGAAAUGAUGUUCUUCAGGAAGUCUCUCUGCAGGGCAAUUCCGAUGGUGAAAGCGAGUGAGCAAAUGAUACAUGAUGGUCUGCCAGUGUACAAAUAUAUUUUCGAAAACGGAUCAUUGGACAACGGUGCUGACAACCCAAAAAAUAAAUGUUUUUGCCGUAAAAACAAAUGUUUGAAACCGGGACUGAUCGAUGUCACCGACUGUUAUUAUGGUUUUCCUAUCGCAUUAUCUUACCCUCAUUUUUACAAGUCCGAUCAAUCGUUAUUAGACGCCAUCGAUGGAAUGACUCCCGAUCAAACGAAACACGAAACCUAUUUUUUUAUCAACCCGCAAGCGGGUAUGCCCACACAACUGUACGUCAGAAUGCAAAUUAACAUUGCUCUAGGUGACAUAUCGGAUAUGGCAAACACGGAACAUUGCAGUAACUUAGUUAUACCAUUAGUUUGGACAGAGAUUGGAUUCGAAAAGCUGCCCGAUCACAUGCUGACCAAGUUCUUCGUGUACCUCCGGGUCGGCCCGGUCCUGUUCGUCGGGCUCAAGUACGCGCUGCUGGUCGGCGGCGUGGCGUUCGUCGCCCUCACCGUGAUCGCGUCGCUGUUCAUACCCAUCGACGACGAACUCAGGUACCACAGCUCGUCGGCGUGGCGCCGCGAGAGCCAGACGCUGACCGGCGGCCUGCAGCGGGACGCGACGCCCACGAUACGCGUGCCGAUACCGGUGGCCGCGGCCGCAGCGGCCGGCAAAGAGAUGAACACGUACUACAACUCGCUGUUGGACGGCGACGGCGCGGCCGCGGCCCGGCUCAACGACGACCUGUGCGGCCGGCUGGACGUGGUGCACGAGGUGAGGUCGCCCAGGGGCAGUUGCACCGAGUCCGAGUACGACGAAGACGACGAAAACGACCGGAUCGUAGUCUGACCGCGGCCGGACGGUAACGGAACGCGAAAGACGUUGUUAUAGUGUUUAUAACAAUUACGAUCUGCAGCAUUUUGUAAUAACAUCAUUAUAUAUUAUACACUAUUCACAGUUAUUAUAUUAAACGUAUACGCAAUAUAAUAUAUAAUAUAUCAUCAUCAUCAUCAUAAUCGAGCUGUACGAUAUGAUAUGUACAUAAUACUCGUGCAGUCGUGCGAAUAAUAUAUUAUUUAUGUAAUAAUAAUAAUAUUUAAUACGAACGCCAUUCGAAGGGGCAAAAUCAAAAAAAAAAAUUCAUAGUUUUUGUUCCGUUGCGUUUCGAAGUUUGCCAUUCCUCGUUUUUAAACCGUAAUAUAAUAUUCUGCAAUGUUUAUUCCGCAUACACGUAUAAUAAAUAUAAUGUAACAUGUAUUAUUAUACAAUAUUAUAUCGAUGCGAAAAUGUGAUAACCUAGGUCUAAGUUAUUAAAAUGUGAUUUUUAUAUUAUAUUUUGCCAUAAACUAUACGGUGUGUAUUAUGCACUUUUCGGUGUCGGCCUCCGUGCGAUCGGUAUGUAUAUUUUAUACAUAUAUAUAUAUAUAUAUACAUAUUAUUAUAAUUUAUAAUGAGUAAGUACGCGCGUUUGUGGUCAAUCUCCCCAUUAACUGCUCACAAUCACCGGAUAAAAAAUUAUACGGCCGUUUUUUGUUGUUGUUUUUUUCGUUUUUAAUGUUCCGUUGUGCCUACAAUUCGUUGUUUGGCGUUUCUCGGGAAGUUAUACGUACUACGUGUAAACCGGUAACGCCCACCUUAAAUUAAUUUUUUAUUAUUAUGCCCAAACAACAGUCGUAUACAUGCAAAUACCAUAACAUGAUAUGUCCAUCGAUCGGCUAUUAUCUUACUGCUGUCGUUCCCAUUCGACCUCAAAUAUAUACAGCACUACUGAUUUUAUUUCCCGGUAUAAUACGGAACAAUAAUUAUAUUGACCGCAAACGAAAAGUAUAUGUAUCGAUCGCAUUUGUCAAAAAGACCAUAAUUUUUUUAUUUAUAUAUAGUUAUAUAUUUGACAUUUGUUUUGUUUACAUAAAUGUGGAACAUUCGAUAUAUUAAUAUAUUAUAUUAUAUUUUACUAUUAUGUAUUUUUUUUUUUUUUUUUUACUUUGGCUGAAAAGUCAAAAGUACUAAUUUUACUGUAACGUUUAAUUUAAUAUUACCUAGUAUACCUAUAUACUGGCAAAGCCAUAUUGAAAUGUAUUUCUAAGGCUGUCAUUAGUACAUAAGUGUUGUAAAUUGGAUUUACUUGUACUUAUCUAAAAUAAAUAUAAAUGGAAAAAAGUAUUCUUCCGAUUAAAA